AUGGGGACCUACACCCGCACGCAAAAAAUCCUGGAAGACAUGGAACGGAACUCUCGUCUCUGGCCCUUGACGCGCUACAUGAACUCCUAUCGUAAAUGCAACCCUGUGGUGCACAGCGAAGUCGAGGUCUUCGAGCACUUUUACAAGCACAAGCUCAAGUUCCUCGACAGUGACCGCUACGUGUACUCCAGCAAGCCUGCUUGUUUCGCCUGCCCGCUGUACUUUGAACACCACCCUGCCACAAUGGUCAUUACGGAAUCACACGAGAAGGUCUACCUCAGCUGGGGUCCGCCCACGAUUACGGACUUUCGCAAGGGUGACCUCGCGUCGAAUCGGCAGCAGGAUCUGAUGAUCAAGAUUACGCUGGCGGCAAGAAAUGAGGCAUUGGGGUAG